CAACGGAGGGAGAGAAGGCCGACUCACGGAGCCAGACUGAACUGCAGCAGCGGCGGCAGGGCUGGGCUCCACACACACACACACACACCCUCAAGAGAAACACACACCAGAAAGGAAAAGGGAUGGCCUAGCCGUGUUGUGUUGUCAGCAGUCAAUCAGCAGUGAGCUACCUGGACCAGAGGUGUGUACCAGAGGCAGCAGCAGGUUGCAGAGAUGAGUGUGACCUCCUGGUUCCUGGUGAGCAGCGGGGGGACUCGCCAUCGACUCCCCCGGGAAAUGAUCUUUGUUGGCCGGGAUGACUGCGAACUCAUGCUUCAGUCCCGCAGCGUGGAUAAGCAGCAUGCAGUCAUCAACUACGAGGCUGGAACUGAUGAACACAAGGUGAAGGACCUGGGCAGCCUGAAUGGGACCUUUGUAAAUGAUGUCCGCAUCCAGGAGCAGAUGUACAUCACUUUAAAGUUAGAGGACAAGCUGAGAUUUGGAUAUGAUACCAACCUGUUCACGGUGGUGAGAGGAGAGCUCACUGUGCCUGAGGAGGCUCUGAAGCAUGAAAAGUUUACGAGCGGCCUCCAGCUCAGCAAGAAGCCGUCCAACGGAGAAACCACUACAACCACAACCACAAGCAAGUCCCCCGCUAAGACCCCAACAAAGGCACUCAAAUCCCCCAGUUGCAGCACCCACAGGUCAGGGGAGACAAAAGUGUCAGAUGGCAUCACUUCCUCCAAAGAGCCAUCAGCUAAACCUGUGGACAGUCACAAAGCAGAGGAGAGGAUAGGAGGGGAUGUUACAGCGCUGCCUCGUGGGACGCCACUGUACGGUCAGCCGUCCUGGUGGGGGGAUGGAGAUGCAGAUGAUGAGAACUCCUUCAAGCAGGAAACCAAGUCAUCCAGCAAAAAACACGACAGCUCCAUUUCAGACAGCAAAGAGGCUCGCCGGGGUGAGAAAGCUAAAGAGGACGGCCUUCAUGCUUCCACCCACGAUUCCAGUUACUUUGAGAUGCCUACCAAGGAGGGUCACGUGGCCAGCAAUGGCAUCCACGAGAUUCCCACCAAGGACACAGAGGGCACCACCACUCACACCACUGCAGCUCAAGGUCAUGCCUCCUUCACCAUAGAGUUUGACAACACUUCUCCUGGGAAAGUCACCAUUAAAGACCAUGUGUCAAAGUUCACGCCCGACCAUCACAGAUCUCGCUCCAAGAAGAGCGGAGCAGGAAGUGGAGGGGCAUGUGGACGGGACUUGAGCACACUGCAAGCCGCUAUGAUGGCAUCGGAGAGCAAGGUGGCUGACUGGCUAGCACAGAAUGACCCCACUCUGGUGCGCAGCGAGUCAACGGAGGACGACAGCAAGAGCAUCAAGAGUGAUGUGCCAGUCCAUCUCAAGAGGCUAAAAGGCAGCAAGCAUGAAGACGGCACCCAGAGUGACUCGGAGAACGGGCUUGGCCUACGCUUCGCCAACCGCCGCCACGCCCUCGAGGAGCGCCUAAAAGCAGCACACAGCCACGUGGGAGCAGGAGCGGGAGGAUCUGGAGGGGGCAACAUAGCAGUGAGUGGGACCAGAGCAAGUGGCAGCCGCACUGCCUUCAUGAUCGAGUUCUACGACGAGGAAAACCCUCGUAAGCGCCGGUCGUAUUCAUUUUCCCAGACUGCACCCUUGCAGGGAAUAGGAGCUGGUGGGGAGGGACUGUGUCCUCAGCCUCCGUCUCACCCCAAGGUGUUCAGCAUUUCCACAUCAGCUACUGCAGCUUCAGAAUCAGGUAAAGUCCCAGCUCCGAUACCAGCCACAGUGACUGCAGGUGCCCCAACAGCUGCCCGCGUCCUUCUCAAGCAGAGAUCAGAGGACCCGAGUAUCGGUCGCAGCUCAGCCAGCACCGGGCUGGCGACAGGCAGCCCAACUAGCCCAAGCGAGGACACCUCAAUAUUGGGGAAAGGAGCAACUUCUGCUGGAGGGGAGGGAGAGGAUGACCACAGCGAUAAGGGGACCUACACUAUUGAACUGGAGAACAGGAAUGCAGAGGAAGAGGAGGCCCGGCGCAUGAUAGAUAAGGUGUUUGGUGUACAACAGAACCAGGACUCCUCUAUUCUGUCAGACCUGAAGGGAGAAGGAAAAGGAAAGAAGAUAGGAGAGACGGGGAAAGAGGCUCUUCCUGGCGACUCGAGCUGGGUCUCUCAGUGGGCCAAUCUAGCUGCCAAUCACACCAGGACAGAUCCAGAGGGCUCAGGAGCAGAAACAGCCGCCUUUCUCCACAAGGAGAGAGGUACUGAUGGCUUUGAGUCUGGUGCGUCCCUCAGCAGAGGUGAAUCCUCCUCCAGUCUGACUGACCGUAAGCGCAGGACUCUCCCCCAGCUCCCUGUGGAUGACCCCCGCAUUAAAUCCAGCACCAAAGCUCUUGGACUGCGGUCCGAAAUUGGCGAGAAACAGGACACUGAAGCCCAGGAGAAAGAGAACAAGGGAGACGGGGAGUCCCCAACUCCCAUGAGGGACGGUGAGAUGACCAGUAAACGGAAACAAAGUUCCACAUCCUCUCCAUCCAAGGCUCCUCUCCGGUCUUCUGGCAGCACUGAGCGGAGGAAGAGGUCAGAGGAGAGGAAAGGAGGCGGAUCAGGAGAAGAGAAGUCUGGGAAGCCUCUAGUUCGCCAGGGCAGCUUCACAAUCGAGAAACCCAGCGCUAAUGUCCCUGCAGAGCUCAUCCCACGCAUCAACAGAGGCAGCAAUGGGCGCGAACGCAGUGACUCCGUGGGCAGCAUGGAUACUGCGACGCUCCUGAAGGACACUGAAGCUGUCAUGGCAUUCCUGGAGGCCAAACUACGAGAUGAAAAUAAACUAGACCAGAAAGGUAGUAAAAAAGGCGUCCCUCCUCGGACUGACUCCAUCUCUCCUGAGUCCGAUGUUGACACGGCCAGCACCGCUAGUCAUGUGGCGGGUGAGGCAGAGAGAAAAGCUGGUGGCGAACAGAAACGACGUUCCCUGAGCAGCAUGCACCGGGAGAAAAGCAACAUGAGCACAGCUUCUAAGACCAGCAUCACUAAUGCAAGUGCCCGCGACCGCUUGGAGAGGAAGACUAAAACAAGAACCUCAGAAGCGACAAGCCGGACUGAUGCACGACGCUCUGUUCACCCAUCCUCCAGAGCACGCCAGCCAUCUCUGGAUCUCACUGAUGAUGACCAGACUUCUUCCUUCCCCAUCUCUGACAUCCUGUCCUCAGACCAGGAGACGUACUCCGGACCUUUGGGGCGCUCAGCUCAUGGACGUGAUGAUGUUCUUAAUUCCAAACUUGAUGGCAGGUCCACUAAAACCUCCACCAACGGAUCCUCCAAAACCAGGAGCACUCUCCAGGCAGCCACCACCUCAUCCCUAAGCAAGCAGGCCUCACUGCCUCAGCCGCGCCCCACAAGAGCCUCCCUUCUCCGCCGCGCCCGUCUGGGUGACACCUCUGACACAGAUCUCGCUGAUGCUGACAGGGUGUCUGUGGCUUCUGAGGUGUCCACCACAAGCUCCACCUCUAAGCCGCCGUCCGGGCGAAAGGGAUUGUCACGACUGGACAUGCUGGCUCAGCCACGUAGGACCCGCCUGGGCUCCAUCUCUGCCCGCAGUGACUCAGAGUGUACAGUGACACGGAGCUCCACCUCUUCUCCCCGCCUGUCAGCUGAGACUGCUCUGCGUUUGGGCCUGCGCUCGUCAACACCAACAGAAAAUAGGCUUACACCCAGGAUGAGGGCCAACAGCGUGUCCAAACUGAAUGAGACAAAGACCAAGACCACGACAUCUGGAUACUGCUCACCAACAGUGGCCAGUAGCAGCAGGUGGAGACGUCUCCCGCCAGAGUAUGGCUCCACCUCAGAGGAAGAGUUUGGCUCCAACAGGAAUUCUCCAAAACAUGGCGGCCGCUCCCACAUGCGGCCUCAUCACCUCACCCCACACCGCAGCUCGAGACUCAGCACCACCGCCAGCCCAGGCUCCAGCGUGGUGACGGGUCCGGGUGGAGUGGCGAUCAAACACCGCAUGAAAGAGCAAGAGGAGUACAUUAAGGACUGGACAGCACACAGCGAGGAGAUUGCCAGGUUAUUCCCCUGUGUGCGCAGGAUCAGCCAGGACCUGGCUAAGGACUUAGCCAUCUUGGCCCGAGAAAUCCACGACGUGGCUGGCGAGAUCGACUCGGUCAGCUCAUCUGGCACGGCGCCCAGCACCACCGUCAGCACUGCCGCCACCACCCCGGGAUCGGCCAUUGACACCCGGGAAGAGGUAGGCCCUGCACGUCCCACGCAGCCGGACAUACAGGAGAGCAUGAGAAAGUUGGUAGAUCGAGUGUUUGAUGAGAGCCUCAACUUUAGGAAAAUCCCGCCUGUGAUUUCUACUAAGGCACCAGAGAUCAACGGUAAGCCGGUGGAGCUCCGCCCCCGCGCCCCCGACAGUCUAGAGCCCCGAGCUCUGAGGAGACGUACCUGGAACCGAGAAGAGGCCGUGUUGGACAGCCUCCUGCUCAAUUCAGUUUCUCAGCUGUCCACCAAGAUCAGACACUCUAUUGACAAAACCGCAGGAAAAAUCAGGAUAUUGUUUAAAGAUAAGGACCGGAACUGGGAUGAAAUUGAGAGUAAACUGCGAUCGGAGAGUGACAUACCACUCCUGAAAACCUCCAACAAGGAGAUCUCCUCAAUUCUGCUGGAGUUGAAGAGAGUUGAAAAGCAGCUUCAAGUGAUCAAUGUGAUGGUAGACCCAGAUGGGACUCUGGAUGCUUUGGCCAGCCUCGGCCUGACCAGCCCCACCACCCCUACUAGGCCCCAAACCGCCAAAACAACUUCCCCCUCUGCCACCAGCCCGGGGUCUGCGCCCCCAGCCAAAGAAUCACUGCCGGAGAUCCUUCCUGGGCCCGGAGGAUCAGCAGCCUCCGCCAGGGUUCAAGCUUCCUCUGCCAGCACUGAGGAGGCAACAUUAGACUCCAGCGUGAGUCUCGCAUUAACAGGAGUCGGAGGGCUGCCUUUCAACCGCAUGCGGCCGAGCGGAGAGGAGGCCAUCGCACAGAAGUGAAGCUAAUGUUGUAUGUGAAUAAACAUCUGGAUUGGAGUGCAGGUGGCUGGUGAUCAGUGUUCACAACUACGAAGAAGGCGUAGAAACAGAAAAUUCUGCACUCUACACUAGUCUAAGAUUAUGGAUUUAAUCUAAACACAAUUUAGCUAAAGUGUUACCAGAAAUGAAGUGCUUCAACUGACUUUAACUCCAACUGAUGCAUCAUGGAUACAACUUCCAACAGAAAUUCACCCACGAAUGAUUUGGAUAGUCAUAUUAUGAGCUUUUCAACUUUAAUUAUUCAUGCUGACUGGUCAACCUGACCUCCUGACGGGCUGAAGUCUACCCGGCUGCUCUCUCAGUGGACAGAUCUCUGUGGUUGUACAGUCUCCUCUCUCCUCCUCCUCUUGCCUUCUCCAUGUGUCUGGACCCUGCCUACACUAAGGACAUGCCUUAAAACACAUCCUCGAUAUAGUAGCAGCCCUUGUCCUCUCAAAUAGUAUACAGAACUGCUUUUAAGACUUUAAUACAGUACUUUCAGACAAACAGAAUGCAUUGUAAAAUAACACUCGCUAAAUAUCUUCUAUCAAACUGCAGUGAUUUAUCCGCUCUUGUUCAUUACAAAGAAUAUCUCAGCAGCCUUAAGACAAACAAACACACAGUCAUACAGACAAGAUUUAAGUCUGAAACUGUUCACAAACCAAGCAGAUGCAGAUGUUUUAGAUAUUUAAUAACUCUAGCCGUCCAUUCUCACAAACUGACUCUGUUGAAAAGGAUUUGUAGUGCCUCCCCACCUCUGUGCUCACCUAUUUCUCCCUUAUGUUUUACUCUCUCCCUCCCUCCCUUUCUCUCCUGAGUAGUUGGAAAAAAAGUUUGUCACCCCAGUAGCAUGUACAGGACAGAGCGGAGAGCUUUCCUCCCGCAAGUUGGUGUCUGUGUUGAUCUUACUAAUGCUGAACGGUAGUUUUACGCGAUAUAGUAACAACCUUUGGGAAACCAAUGAUCAUUUUCCGACGACAUAAUCACUUACCAAAGUUAACAAGUUUGUUGAUACUGUCAUUUUCAAACAGUCGAGCCAUGUUGAAAUUCAUCUGUUGUGCAAAAGAGAAUCUGUAUUUCAAACACGUCUGCAGUUCACCCUUUUCUCUCUGAAUGUCAAGAUUAAUUCAAAAAGCGUAUUUAUUAUAGCGAAACACUAGUUUAACCUUAGCUGCCGGAUCUUUUUUGGCCCAUUUGAGAAUCAGUGCCCUUAGCUUUUUCGCUACAGUACAUCCACUCAAGUGUCCUAUCAUUUCCAAUUGGCUUUUUUUCUACUUUUUCCAGUCAGGGGUGUUUUUAAAAUAGCAAAAAUCAGCAAAGAAAAUAACUAAACUAAAUAUUUUAUAAUAUUUAGAUACUGGUGUUGUAGAUAUUGUAGACCCUUUUACUUUUUAACGCUUAGAAUCGCCUCACAGCAAAUUCCAUUUUCUUUGUCUGUCACUCACCAGUUUAAGUACACAAAAAAAUGAACACGGAAAGAUGCAGGAGCUGGUUUUAUUUAAUAUCUCGUCAAAAGAACACGAGCGACUUACAGGGAGGCCUUUUGUGGUUCAAAAUGUGUCUUUGAGGAGCGUCACAUCUUUGAAAAUGAGCAUCUAUUUUAUGAAUUUUGCUUGUAAUUCAGCUUCAUAUUGGUGUGAAAAGGUGCAUAGUGCUAUUUCCACUACAGGGAGAAGUUCCAGCGUCCUGAUACUGUAGAACUGCAGAGACAGUAUGAUUGACCUCUUUCUCAUUGACGUUGCUCCUUUUCCAGCUACUUUUUGGGGACUGACGGUUCUCUGAAUCUCUCCUCAGCUUGUAGUCUGCGUUCUAGAUUAAAAUGAUUUAAAGGCAGUAUAUUAGGACUUAGAUAGUCUUGCAAUAGUGAAUUUAGGUACCAGAAUACAUGUUCAUUUCCUUCUCUCUAUUCUGUACUGUACAAUGUUUUUUCAAUGCCUCAAAGUGCCCAUUUUGACUAAAGAAAGGCAUUGCUUAAAAAGAAAAGAAAAAGACAUAGUCGUCUAAAAGAUUUCUCUUAUUUUGCACAUCAGAUUGUGUUGUUUUUCAUGCAGAAGUAGUGAAGGUCAAAUGGUUUGACAGAGAAUGAUAUCACUUUGAUAUCAGAAGUGACUGCCUUGCCUCUCUGGAGCUAUUCUGUCUGUACAAACAAAUCCUCAAAUCGUGUUUUUUUUCUCCCCGUUUUAUCAAAAGAAAUGAAAUUAGGGGACUGUGAAUGCUAGGUACAUGUUUAUUUUUUAAAUUCUACAUGUGUCAUCUGAUCAGUGUUCGUUGUUGUUUUUGUAAAGAUAAAAAAAAACACCAUUUUAUUUAUUUUUUGUUUAAUAUUUUGUGGAUGUUUCAUGCAUUUUAUAUUUGUUCAACUAUCUGCAUUGUUUCUUACUGUUAAUAAAACAGAGCCAUUCAA